AUGUUUGAGCAGGCUGCUGAGAAAGAUUGCAAUCUCUGUAUUGCUCAUAGUCUUGGCUCCGGACAUGAGAGUCUUAAUAAGAACUUGUUUGGUAGUCUGAAUGAAUCCCAGACAAAAGCAGUUCUGGCUUGUCUUGAUACCAUCAAGUGCCAACACAGGUCAACUGUGGAAAUGAUACAGGGUCCUCCGGGGACAGGGAAGACCAAAACUGUCGCGGCUCUGCUCUUUACUCUCUUGAAAAGGAAACACAGAACCCUUGUUUGUGCUCCGACAAAUGUUGCCAUCAGGGAAUUGGCAUCUCGUGUUUUGCAGCUGGUGAAACAAUCGAGUUGCACAACUAGUGGGGAAAGCUUGAUGUGUAACUUAGGAGACAUGCUAUGUAUUGGGAACAAGGAGCGGAUGAAAGUAGAUUCAGAUAUGGAGGAAAUAUACUUGAAUCAUCGCGUUAAUUGUAUUGCGGAGUGCUUUUCCGUAGUCACUGGUUGGCGGCGUUGUCUAACUUCCAUGAUCGAUACUCUCGAUGACUGUGUCCUCGGAUACCACAUUUUACUGGACAGGGAGUGCAAUAUCAUAUGGAAGCAUAAUGGUAACGAUCUAGGGAGCAAAUGUAGAAGCAGCAAAAACGAAUCCAAACCUGAAUUUAAGUCAUUUGUGGAUUUUUUCAAGCACAGAUUCAAGUCAAGUGCAGAGUCUCUCCGGAGAUGCUUCUCUAUCUUAUGCACCCAUAUAUCCAAAAGUUACCUUCUUGAACAAAAUUUCCAGGACAUUAAGUCACUUCUCAUCUUACUUGAUUCUUUUGAAAUUCUACUAUACAGAGAGAAGUUGGAUUCCGGAAAGUUGAAGGAAGCAUUUUCGUCAUGCCCAUCUUCAUUCAAAACUUGCACAGAUACACUAUAUACAUCGUUGUCCAUGAAGAGACGUGAUUGCCUCUCUGUUUUGCAAAGUCUCAAUACGUCUCUCGGAAGGCUAAACCUUCCAACAUUUACGAGUAAGAGCAUGAUAGCGGAGUUCUGUCAUCAAGCGGCUUCCUUGAUUUUCUGCACUGUCUCUAGCUCGUAUAAGCUAUGCUCCAAGGAAAUGGAGCCCGUCAGUUUAUUGGUGAUCGAUGAGGCUGCACAGUUGAAAGAAUGCGAGUCAAUGAUUCCGCUCCAACUGCGAGGUGUCAGGCAUGCAGUUUUAGUGGGAGAUGAAUGUCAGUUGCCUGCUAUGGUUGAAAGCAAGCUUUCUUACAAGGCUGGCUUUGGAAGGAGUCUAUUCGAAAGAUUGAGUUCUCUGGGUCAUCCCAGACAACUUCUCAAUGUCCAGCACAGAAUGCAUCCAGCGAUCAGUCGCUUCCCAAUAUCAACCUUUUACAAAAAUCAAAUUCUGGACGGGCCGAAUGUUACUGGCAAAAGCUACAGCAAAUGUCAUUUGCAGUGGCCAAUGUUUGGCCCCUACUCCUUCAUAGAUAUUUCUAAUGGGAGAGAAGAAGUUGGGGAUGAUGGACGUAGCCUUAGAAACUAUGUUGAGGUAGGAGUUGUCUCGGCGAUUUUGAAGAAUCUAUAUGAAGCAUGCAAGUCUUCAGGAGAAGAUCUAAGUGUCGGCGUGAUAUCUCCAUAUGGAGCUCAGGUUGCUGCAAUACAACAGGAGAUUGGAAAAGGAUACGAAAACAUCGAAGGCUUUACAGUGAAAGUGAGGUCAGUGGAUGGGUUCCAAGGGGGUGAAGAGGACGUCAUAAUAGUAUCCACCGUGAGAUCAAACCCUCACGGUUCGAUUGGGUUCGUUUCGGAUGCCAAGAGAACCAAUGUCACUCUUACCAGGGCAAGAUACUCUCUCUGGAUUUUGGGGAACGAGAGAACGCUGACGAGAAGUAAAUCUGUAUGGGAAGCUUUGGUUCAUGAUGCUAAGAUCCGUGGGUGUUUCUUCAGCGUUGAUGAUGUUAAGGCCGCUUUGGAUGGGAGGAAUAAUCGGCUCGAUGAUCCGGUUGAUGGAAGUGGUGUGCUAUCUAGAAAUGAGAGGUGGAGGGUAAAUGGCUUUCAGGAUGCUAAGAGCCGAGGAUGUUCCUCCAGGACCGAUGAAGUUAAAGCCAUUUCGGGUGGGAAGAAAAAGAAUGUUCGGCUCGAUGAUCCGCGAGAUGGCUAUAGUGUCCUAUUUAGAAAUGCUCGUCAGGAUGCUAAGAGCCGAGGAUGUUCCUCCGGGACUGAUGAAGUUAAAGCCAUUUCAGAUGGGAAGAAAGAGGAUAUUCGGCUCGAUGAUCCGCGCGAUGGCAUUGGUGUCCUAUUUAAAAAUGCUCGGUGGAGGGUUUUGUUCGGCGACAACUUUGUGAAGUCUUUCCGAAAACUGUCGUCGCUUGCGACCCGGAUGGCAAUCUUGAACCUCUUAUCCAAACUUGCUGGUGGCUGGAGACCUGAGAAGAGUAAUGUGGGUUUAUUCCCUAAAGCCUCUUGUCAUAUGGUGAAGCAAUUCGAGGUCGAAGGUCUCCACGUGCUGUGCACUGUGGAUGUACUGAAGGAACUGAGAUACAUCCAAAUCCUGAAGAUUUGGGAUGUAUUGCCCUUAAGGGAUGCAAUGAGACUGGCUGAACGUCUCGGCAUCGAGUUCAAAGCGUAUACAGACGAUUUCAUUGGUCGCUGCAGCGAGAAAUGUAUGGAAGGGGAUCAGGUAGUUCCGAAGACAUGGGAUUCUUCUGAUGGUAUUGCCCGUUUCCGUGGUACCGGGGUUGAUAUUUCGAAUCCGGGGAGCGAGCGAGAGCUUGCUUUCGAUGAGAUUCCCACCCGUCGUCAUCCUGUGUAG